AUUUGAUUGGCUACAUUACCUCUUGCUGAUAGAUAAGGGCUGGUUGAAAUUACUGGGUGAAAUGCUUGUCAACGCACUCAUGGCAACAUUUUGUAAAAAAAAUAUUUUUGACCGGGGAUGGCCCACGGAAUUAUUUCUAGUUGUUCCUCGCGUUUAAAUGCAACCCACUCAUAAAACCAAGACACAUCAUGGACCAAUUGCACGACAUGGCUAUGCAGGCUUUCGCGGAGAUUCAAACAAAUAGCCUAAACACAUUUUCUCGCAACAACAGCCUUGGAUUUGCACUACUAUAGGCAAUACUUCCUAACAUAACGAGAUGGAUAGUAGCUAAACCAAGAAAACCCUAGCCUACACUGGAUUGGCUUUGAUUGGAGGUAACGUUAGCCUACGGAAGGCGAACUAAAAGUAUCCAGCAUUGGCGUAGGAUGUUACUAGCGUCGGCCGUGGUGGUAUGGGAAUGGCUGAACGAGCACGGGCGCUGGCGGCCUUACAGCCCGGCCGUCUCUCACCACAUCGAGGCAGUCAUCCGCAACGACCCACGGGGUGGUAGUGUUGUCUUAGGCCAGGUGGACUCUCGCCUCUCGCCCUACAUCAUCGACUUGCAUUCCAUGCACCAGUUCCGACAAGAUACAGUUCUGUGGCGUGACCCUCGUCUCUCUACCGUUACCCCAGGUACCCUCCGACCGGUGCGUCGCAGUUUCUACGACCCCACGUCGGCGCCGGGCCAGGGCUGGCUGUGGGAGUGGGAGAACGACACAGGCUCGUGGACAGCCUACGACACAGAGGUGGGCAUCGCCAUCCAGGCAGCACGCGACCGUCAGCAGCCCUGGCUGGACCUGGCGCCACUGGGCUUCUGCUACCUCAUCGACUUUCAGAGCAUGACCCAGAUCAACGGGCAGACGCAGCGCUGCCGCCGCAUCCAGCGCCGCUCCGACCUGGCUUACCCUCUGGUGUCGGGGCCCCUUCCCAAGACACACCACGCCUGGGGACCCAGCCCUGGAGGACUGCCGGGGGUGGGGGUUUCCGGAGUGGGCAUGGGGAACGGGAACGGUAGCGCCUACCCCAGCGGCGCCCUGCCUGCCUCUGCCAUCACAUCGCUGGGCCAGCCCUGCGCCUGUCAGCAAUGCAUGCUGGUCCUGAGCGUCAAGGCAGGCGCCAUGGCGACAGCUCACACCCUGGGCAGGAGGCCGCCUCAGAACAAGCCGCCCAGCCCCAAACUAGGUGGUGGUUACUCGGCCAUGGGGGGGUCUUACUCGCUGACUCUCCCCCGCCCCCCCUCCUCCAUGGCCAGGUCCUUGUCCCCCCACAGGACGUCCGCGGGCUGGGCUAGCAGUGGUGUAGGGGUCGGCGGCGGCUUCGCCCACUCGCUCUCCCUCCUGGGUUCGGCCACCGCCGCACUCUCCCUCACCUCUACCCGGCCCCCUCCCCCGCCUCUACCCCCCCUUCCGCCUCCUCCACCGCCUCCGCCCUCCUCCAUCGCGUCCGGUGUCAUUCUUCCUCCCUCCUCUUCCUUCUCCAUGGCAUCCUCCGGCCCUCCGUCGAUGCCCGCGCCGGCCCCUCUUCUCAUCUCCACGGCAGCCUCCUCCUGCACCCCCUCACCCUCCGCCCGUGUCCUGGGGCCCGUGUCUUCAGCAGCGGCAGCCUGUGCAGCCCCCCUGCCACCUCGUGCCAGCCUUGCCGGGCUCAGCCGACCCGCCCUGCAGCGCAUCGCCAUGGCCCAGUCCAGAGCCCUCAUCGCCUCCGGUGUCCCAACGGUACCUGUGAAGAACCUCAAUGGAUCUAGCCCUGUCCACCCUGCGUUGGCAGGUAUUACAGGGAUCCUGAUGAGCGCCGCAGGACUUCCUGUUUGUCUGACCCGCCCUCCCAAGCUAGUGCUCCACCCCCCGCCCGUUAGCAAGAGUGACAUAAAGCCCAUCCCCGGCCUCGGCCACUGCUGCCGCAAGACCACCAAGAAGCAGGCUCGCAAAGGCAAGACCCCUGAGGAAGUAGUGAAGAGGUACCUUCAGAAGGUCCGCAACCCCCCAGAGGAGGACUGCACUAUCUGCAUGGAGGCCCUGGCUGGGCCCUCGGGAUACAAGGGCCCCGGAGUUGGGGGAAUCCAGCGGGCAGAGUCGGUUGGUCGCCUGGCUCAGUGUGGGCACCAGUACCACCUGCAGUGCUUGGUGGCCAUGUACAACAAUGGCAACAAGGACGGCAGCCUACAGUGCCCUACCUGCAAGACCAUCUACGGCGUGAAGACUGGGAACCAGCCACCCGGCAAGAUGGAGUACCACGUCAUCCCCCACUCGCUGCCCGGCCACCCUGACUGCAAGACCAUCCGCAUCAUCUACAACAUCCCCCCCGGCAUCCAGGGGCCUGAGCACCCGAACCCGGGCAAGCCAUUCACCGCCCGGGGAUUCCCCCGACACUGCUACCUCCCUGAUAGCGAGAAGGGACGCAAGGUACUGAAGCUGCUGCUGGUGGCGUGGGACCGCCGGCUCAUCUUCUCGGUGGGCACGUCCAGCACCACGGGCGAGUCGGACACGGUCAUCUGGAACGAAGUGCACCACAAGACUGAGUUUGGCUCCAACCUAACAGGCCAUGGCUACCCUGACCCAGGCCACCUGGACAACGUUCUGGAGGAGCUUAAGGCCCAGGGGAUCACAGAGGAGGAGUGCCUACCCAGAGACUGAGCUAAAGAUGGGUCAAUGGGGAAACAGCAACACAGAGACUUGUUCUGACUCUGGAGACUUGAGACCGAGCUUAAACAAUGAACAUACAGACUCAGUGAGACACAAUGGAACAGAGAUGAGAAGAAAUAGACAAAUGAAUAUGUAAAAAAAAAAAAGAGAGAAAUACAGAAAUGAACACAGACAGCGCAACUGUGACAGCAACAGAAACCGAAUGCCUGAAAGACUGCAUACGAGAAGAAAUGACUGAACGGGUGAAAAGAUGAGCCAAGAAAAAGAACCAACGGCACAUUAAACAAAUAGAGAAACAGACAAAUCGACUGUCUGACUGUAGUUUCUAGCGACACUGACUGAGGUACAACAUCAUACACCCUCUGAACAGGUGGGCUGUGGCUCGGCUGCAUGGGUCGGGUGUAUGAUAGAAUGUUUUAGUUUAUUUCUGCUACACUAAUGGUGGCGUCACAAAAUGUCAUUCAGUGAGACGUUUGAGGCAACAGUGCACAUACAAUUCAGUGUUGGACAGAAGCUGUUGUUUACACUGUGAGAGUUUGACAAGAAUGUACGGAAUCUGUAUUGGUCCAAUUGAAUUCAAUGGUGAACCAAGUUACCAGAGCUGCUGUAAGUGGUAGAAUAAGCACUAAAAAUGGGUAUUAGUGGGGUUAUGAUAGAUAGGCUAACGAAUGGUAGAGGGCAAAAAAGUAUUAGACCACUGGCAGCAGAGUAACAAAUCUCUCAUUACAGAAAACGUUAACUUUCAAAAAUAUUUCAUGUUUAUGACUGGAUGUGUGAGCAUGAAUGUGUAAUGCCCUCUAGUGGUACUUAUCGAAAAAUACAUUCCCUUUGCCUCUAUAGGGUUUCUUCUGUAUUUUAUGAAUUGCUGUAUCAUUUUGAAAAUGCAUUGUUGUACAUUUUAAAUAGUUGUUAUAUAUUGGCUCUGUUGAGUUUAUAUAAUUUUUACAUUCCAUUUUGUUUUUACCUGGUUAACGUUGUAUGUUGUCUGUUUGAUUUCUAUAGCAUUAUUUUCUAUAUGUGACAUUGUAAGGAAAUGAGUCAAGCUUGAGUCUUCCUCGAGAGGGCUCCUAAAUAUUACAAGCCUUUGUGGGUGUGUGUUAAUAUCUGAGUUUUUACCUCGGACGAUUUAAGACUCAAAGUUGCCAGGCACUUUCAGUAUUAAUUUACAUUUUUUACAUUUAAGUCAUUUAGCAGACGCUCUUAUCCAGAGCGACUUACAAGUACAUACAUUCAUACUUUUUUUGUACUGGUCCCCCGUGGGAAUCGAACCCACAACCCUGGCGUUGCAAGCGCCAUGCUCUACCAACUGAGCCACACGGGACCUGAUUUGGGAACCCUCUCGAUGGGGUGGGUGAGCCUAAAAGCACAAAAUGAGUCCUUUUCAAACCAUGUGUGCAUCUCAAUAGUCUUACAUAGCUUCCUCUCCAAUUAUUUCACGCCAAUGCAGAUGAAUGAACAGAGAUGGGGGGUGGGAAGGGCACUAGACUUUUGAGAUGCACCCCAGAAGGAAUUAAAUCAGAUAUAAAGCUAUGAUUGGAUCUGCCACCAGAGGUCAGAUUUGCACUGCACAGAGCAUCAUCUUUCCUUAUUCCUUUAGUCAAAAGGAAACAUGGAAAGUUAGGCAUGACCUUAAGAAGUUAUAUCUAACAGUUAAAACUACUUUGGGUUUAAUUUUCUUUCUUUUACACACCGGCUUCAUUCGUCUCCGAGAAAAGCGAACCUUCUGUUGUUUUUUCUGUAAGGAGGUAGAAAGAUUAACUCUGUCGUCGAUCUAACCUGUUGUCAAACGGUCCAGUCGGUUUGUGUUAGGUCCAUGACGGACCUGCUUAUAAAGCGGUACUAUUGACAAUAUGUUUGAGUAUGUGUUAACAUGCAAAUGUUAGGCCAACAUUUAUAGUUUCUGUUUUUUCUGUAUGUAUGUGUGUGUUUAUGUAUACAACUUUACAUUAAACAUUUUGUAAAGGUACGGUUAUAACGUAACUCUAUACUUAAUUCAUUUUAUUUAUUGUGCUCUAUUUUUUAUACUUUUUAUCGAAUUGUUUUUUUUGUAAGUUGCAUAUCAAAACCACUUUUUUUUAUUUUAAACUUUGUAUUGUUUAGCCACAUUUUACAGCUGUGUGACUACAUGAAGUCUACAUAUCCAUCACAUGACUGCUGUAUUGUACUUUCUGGGUAAGGUUACUGCAUUUGCCACAUGUUAUGUGACUGUAUCCCCCCCCACCUCCCCAAAAUACCAGCAACUGGUUUGGAUGUCUUAUGCAGGACUUUAUGUAGUCAUGUUUUAUGUCUAUUCACUUCUUGCACUGCUCAGUUUGGCACAUGUCAUUUUCUUUCCCAGGCACAGUUUGACUACAUGUCCGUCAAUGGGAAUAAAACAACGGUUGAAGGCUCAUGAUCACUUUGUAAAAAAAACUGUUAAUAAAACCUUUGUAAAAGUUGUAAUGGAGAGAACGAAUGACGUUGAGAACUAUGAUGGCAGAGAAUGUAGUAACAUAUAAAACUACAAAAGAUUUGCAUUUAAAGUAACAGUGGGACAAUUAAAAUAACAGUAUUAUGA